AUGCCAGGUACCAAGCCGUGUCAGCAUGUGAUCGAGACCCCUGAGCCCGGCGAGUGGGGGUUGUCAGGGUAUGAAGCAGCUGUGCCAAUCACAGAGAAGUCCAACCCACUGACCUGGAACUUGGACAAAGCAGAUGCAGAGAAAAUUGUUUAGCUGCUGGGGCAGUGUGAUGCCGAGAUAUUCCAGGAGGGGGGGCAAAUCAUGCCCACCUACCAGCGGCUGUACAGCGAGUCAGUUCUGACCACCAUGUUGCAAGUGGCUGGCAAGGUCCAGGAAGUUCUGAAGGAGCCGGAUGGGGGCCUGGUCAUGCUGAGUGGAGGGGGCACCUCUGGCCGUAUGGCGUUCCUCAUGUCUGUGUCUUUCAACCAGCUGAUGAAAGGUCUAGGACAAAAACCUCUUUACACAUACCUCAUUGCAGGGGGUGACAGGUCUGUUGUAGCCUCUCGGGAACAGACAGAAGAUAGCGCCCUACAUGGGACCGAGGAGCUGAAGAAGGUGGCUGCUGGGAAGAGGAGAGUGGUCGUUAUAGGCAUUUCUGUGGGACUCUCUGCGCCCUUUGUGGCAGGCCAGAUGGACUACUGCAUGGAUGACACAGCCGUCUUCUUGCCAGUCCUGGUCGGCUUCAAUCCGGUGAGCAUGGCCAGAAAUGACCCCAUUGAAGACUGGAGAUCAACAUUCCGACAAGUGGCUGAGCGGAUGCAGAAGAUGCAGGAGAAACAGGAAGCUUUUGUGCUUAAUCCUGCCAUUGGGCCCGAGGGGCUCAGUGGCUCUUCCCAAAUGAAAGGUGGAAGUGCCACCAAGAUUCUUCUGGAAACCCUGCUACUAGCAUCCCAUAAGACUGUGGACCAGGGUGUUGUGUCCUCUCAAAGAUGCCUUCUGGAAAUCCUAAGGACAUUCGAGUGGGCUCAUCAGGUAAGCUACAGUCAAAGUUCCAAAAUUGCCACUCUGACGAAGCAAGUUGGCAUCAGCCUGGAGAAGAAAGGCCACGCACACUUGGCUGGUUGGCAGACUGGUACCAUUGCCAUUAUGGACGGGGUAGAGUGUAUCCACACUUUUGUUUCUGACUUCCGAGAUAUCCAUGGCUUUCUUAUUGGUGACCACAAUGACAUGUUUAACCAGAAGGACGAGCUCACCAAUCAGGGUCCCCAGUUCACCUUCUCUCAGGAUGAUUUCCUGACUUCUGUUCUGCCAUCCCUUACGGAAAUUGACACUGUGGUCUUCAUUUUUACCCUGGAUGAUAACCUCUCAGAAGUACAGGCCCUGGCAGAAAGGGUGAGGGGGAAGAGCCGGAGCAUCCAGGCCCUGGUGCACAGCACAGUGGGCAGUCCUUGCCAGUGAGCUCCUCUAAAGAAGCUCUUUCCCUCGCUCAUCAGCAUCACAUGGCCACUUCUUUUCUUCGAUUACGAAGGGAGCUACGUUCAGAAGUUCCAGCGUGAGUUAAGCACCAAGUGGGUGUUGAAUACAGUGAGUACUGGGGCCCAUGUGCUGCUGGGGAAGAUCCUACAGAACCACAUGCUGGACCUCUGCAACAACUCCAAACUCUUCUGGAGGGCACUGUCCAUGCUGCAGAGGUUCUCAGGACAGUCCAAGGCUAGCUGCAUCGAGAGCCUUCUUCAAGCGAUACAUUUUCCUCAACCGCUGUCGAAUGAUGUCCGCGCGGCCCCCAUCUCCUGCCAUGUCCAGGUUGCCCACGAGAAGGAAAUGGUGAUCCCCACAGCCUUGCUGACUCUCCUACUCAGGUGCUCCAUCACUGAGGCUAAGGAACGCCUGGCUGCAGCCGCUUCUUCAGUCUAUGAGGUUGUUAGGAGCGCCCUCUCUGGGCCGUGUCAGAAGCGCAGCACCCAAGCCUUUGGAGACCCUGUGGUGCCCUGAAUUGACGUUUCUGGGACCAUGGAAAAGUCUCAGUCCACUUCCGAGGGGACUUGUGCCAGUAAUACACGUUGCGGGACAGACUCAGUUCCGGUGGGUGGGGCACUAACAGCCCAGAA